GUCUUUGUGCCUCUCUGGAGGUACAAGAAAUAUUUUAUAAGUGAAACAGUAUUAAUUUUCGUUAUUUUCAAUGUAAAAGUAACUUUUCUUCAUUUUAAAUUUAAAUUAAAAGUUUUCCGAUGGUUUAAUGAAGCGGUACAAAUAAAAAAUCGGAAAAUUUUCGAAAGAAAUCAUGCAGUGCUGACAACAUUUCACUAACAUAAACGAUACGCAGCCACAAUGGCGUCCCCUACUUUUCAAGCGACCGCAGCGUCUUUUCUUGUGCAUAGAAAAACCCUGAAAAAGGCGUGAAAAAGAUUUCAAAAUCUUUGAAAAAUGUCUCGAGGAAGCCUUGAACUACGCAAGAAGCAUUCCAAGCGGGAGCAGAUGUCGCCCUCUACCCCGCGCCCAACUUCGAGUACGCGGAGCGAUACAGAAUCAACUUCCGGCAUCUUCUCAGACGCCGAUGAAUGCCAAAAUAGUGUAGUGAGCUAUAAGAGUGAUGAAAAUGCAAAAAAGUUUUACCGAGACUUGGAGGAGAAGCACAACUCACCACUUCCGGAAUAUAUGAAGAAUCUCCUAUUUCUCAAUGGCUUCACCUCUAUGGAUACAUUUUCGACAAUCACAGAUGAAGAUAUGACGGCAAUGGAGAGGAUGUGUAAGCAAGAGAUGCAUAAUUAUUGCCCACACACACCGGAUUUCUUCUCGUUUUUCUUCCAAUGCAUUGAGCACUUCAAAAUUCCCCUGGGACAUCGGAAACAACUUAUGGGAUUUAUUGAGAAAAUCAAUGAACAAAAGAUGGAGGAAAAGUUCGGGAAGAGGAAAUUGAUUGUUGAUGUUGUAACACCGAUGGAGCCAACAAUUGUGAAUGUAAAAGAAAUUCCAAUGGAUGAUCCACUCUUUCACAGCCAAAACUCAUCUGAUGGGGAUUUUCCGGAAGGAGAUGAAUAUCCGGAAAUGUCAGCGAGAGUACGCCGGCAAAUUGAGAGAAGUCUCUGCGACAGUAGUUACCUCUGCCAGGACCUCGAGAUUUCUGUUAAAUUGAACAAUACAGAUAUCGAGGGCUCCGUUCAGUGUCCUAUUUGUUCCUGUGGAAUCAAACUUACGAGGGAUAAUAGACGAAAGGAUAAAAAUGGCAUUGCACACCUUUCCGCCUCAAACUUCAUCAGGCACGUCAAGAAGCACAACGAAGAUGAGGAGCCGAGUGCCAAAAAGAAGAAGACCAAAUCCAAUCGCCCGUCAUCUGUGGGCAUCAAAAGUGAGGAUGAGAAUGAAUAGCCGCAGUGGUGAGCCUUAUAUUUAGAGUCUUUUAAGUUUUAUUUAAAUUAUAUAGGUAAAUUCUGUUAGCUGUUUUUGAAUUAAUGGUGCACCUACUAAUUUGUUUUUAUUAAUUUCUUAAGUAUUUAACAGAAAGGCAGAACGUUCCCAAGAUUACAAUUUUUGUUUAUCGAAGCCUUGAGGUUGCUCAUGGCGUGCAUAUUCUUUCUCUUAUUAAUUUUAUCUUCCGACGACGGAAGUAUUAUUGGCGCGUACCUUGAAAGAUACAGGAAUAAUACUUAUCCUAAGUAAUUUUUUCCUUUUAUGAUUUUAUGUGAAAAUUUUAUUUAUUAUAAAGCCUUUUUUUAGGCGCGUACCUUGAAAGAUACAGGAAUAAUACUUAUUCCAAAAAUUGGUUUGUCCAAUAUUUAUUCGGAUUUCUAACCGAACAUAAUUACAUUAAAUUCAGUCCAAUUGAAUUUAAUAUAAAUAUGUUAAGUUAGAAAUCUGAAUCAAUAUUGGACAAACCAUUAAAUUGAUACUUUUAAGAUUAUAUGUGUUAACCCAAUGUGUUUUUAAAGUAUUUUAUAAAAACGGUUAUACUUUGACUUUCUUAUGUAUAGUCCGUUUUCAUAACGUUUGUUAUGAUUAUGUCGAAUAAAUUGAUGAAUCGUAAUUUCGAGUAUAGAAAUGUUUAUCAAUUUAUUCUUAAUUUUGUAGCAAAACACACUGAUGUUGAUUGCUAUGAUGGUUCUGAAGAAUGGUUAUUCUUCUUAUUUUAUGUGAAGCUUCUUGUCAGUCUUAAGAGGUCUAAUUGCUUCUUAUCGAGCCCUUUUAUAGGCGCGUACCUUGAAAGAUACAGGAAUAAUACUGACUCAAAAGUUAAGAAACGCCACUUCUUCCUUAAUAGGACUAUUUCUAACUCAUUAUAAGCGCGUACCUUGAAAGAUACAGGAAUAAUACUUGUUACUUUUAGUGUUUAUUCAUGAAUCAAUUUCAAUAAUUAUAUUACAGGCGCGUACCUUGAAAGAUACAGGAAUAACACUUAUAAUUUUUUAUCUAUUCUAAUACUAAUAAAUUACUAAAGUAUCAUUGGCGCGUACCUUGAAAGAUACAGGAAUAACACUUAUUAUUCUUAUCUUAAGCAAAAUAUUUGGUUAAAUUCGAAGUAGUGGGUGCACCAGAAAUUUGAGAACAGUUUGGUUUUCAUUAAAAUUUAGAAUUAGUAAUAAUUUAAAGAUAAAUUUUGUAUAAAAUGUACUUUUUUAUUGUAUAAGAAAAAUCAGACUGUUAGAAUUAUAAAAUUAUAUUAAGAAUCGUUUAAAUAAAAAUUUUACAAAGAAAU